CAACACUUUCCAUCGUCAUCAUCAUCAUCAUCACCACAACUACCAAGCGACUCAAUCUCAUCAGUUCUUACAACAAACCUUUCAACAACCUCUUAAACCUAUAACUACCUCCACGUAGACCUUCAACUUUUCAACCGAUCAUCAAUUUUCAUACUAUACUAAAGCAUCAAUAACUUUAAUAUCAUGGGUGACGCUACUUCCUACGACUUCUUAUUCAAAGUGGUUUUGAUUGGAGACUCUGGCGUUGGAAAAUCAAACUUGCUCUCGAGAUUUACACGGAAUGAAUUUAAUAUGGAAUCGAAAUCGACUAUUGGAGUCGAAUUUGCAACCCGAAGUAUCGUAGUUGAUUCUAAGACUAUCAAAGCACAGAUUUGGGAUACUGCUGGUCAGGAACGUUACCGAGCGAUCACAUCGGCUUAUUACCGAGGAGCAGUUGGAGCAUUAUUAGUUUAUGAUAUUUCAAAACAACAAUCUUAUACUCAUGUACAAAGAUGGUUAAAAGAAUUAAGAGAUCAUGCUGAUAGUAAUAUUGUGAUCAUGCUUGUUGGUAACAAGAGUGAUCUGAGGCAUUUACGUGCUGUACCUACUGAAGAAGCUAAGGCGUUUGCUGCUGAAAAUAAUUUAAGCUUCAUUGAAACUUCUGCUAUGGAUGCUAGUAAUGUUGAAUCUGCUUUCCAAAACAUCUUGACCGACAUUUAUCGUAUUGUGUCAAGCAAAGCACUAGAAUCAUCAGGCGAUUCAGUUGGUCCCACUUCCGGUUCAACCAUCACUGUUACUCCAACAGCCGAUGACGGAGCAAAAUCAAAUGCAGGUGGCAAAUGCUGUUAAUGUGUGUUUAUCGGUUCAAUUUUUUUUCACAAAUGCUUGUCUUGAUAAUGCUUUCUUUAAAGAAUCACCUUUAUUGUUGUUCAGAAUUUGACUUGCAUCUUCCUUUCCUUUCCUUUUCUACUCUUUUUUAUGAUGGCCUUAUAUUGAUCACUUUGGUAUAGGGGUAUCUUUUCUUUGUUCUUUAACAUACAUACAUACAUCAGAAAAUCAUACAGUUCUAGAUUGUUAUAAAUCUUCUCCUUUCCUUUUUUAGUUUUAUUUUUUUGUUCAAAGGAUUUUUGGUGGUAUAAUGUGGUUGUAGUGGUUUUAUGUUGUGCGAGUGUUGUGUGAGUGGAAAUUAAAGUGGAAGUUUUUUUUAGUGUGUGUUUG